ACAUCUUUCCACCAUUCGUGUCUUCUCCUCCCAAGCUCACAACUCCUCUUUCUUCCUCCACAUAUAUAUUGCAUCUUCUCGGCCUUUUGGUCCUUCAAAAUGCAAUUCUUAACCGCCGCGAGCUGCAUGUUUUUCCUUUCCUCUCUUCUACUUGUGGUAAUUCCUUGUCCUAUGGGCCAAGCAACACCACCCGGCGAAGGAGGAGGCAAGCUUCUGGAGCAUUGUGGUUUCACCGCCAUCUACUGCUUUGGAGACUCCAUGUACGAUAGCGGGAACGCCCUGGCCGAGUCCCCUCAGGGGCCCAUGGGUAAAUUCCCUUACGGCGUCACCAUUCAUCAUGCUACCGGUCGCUUCACCGAUGGCUACACCAUCAUCGACCGCAUAGCCGAGGCGGCCGGGGUUCCUCCCUUGAACCCGUAUUUGAAGAGAAAUAUGGAUCACUCGAAAGGAGCCAACUUUGCGGUGGGAGGAGUGGGGCUUUUGUCCAAGGAAGCUCGAGCCAAAUGGCACGUCAAGUUGCCCUUCUCCAAUAGCAGCGUGGACAUCCAGCUCAAGUGGUUGGGCCGGCACCUCAACCAGGCCUACAGAAAUGAAACAGCUCGCCGGGAACACGUGGAAUCAUCACUGUUCGUUCUUGGUGGAGCCGGCAACGACUACCUGAAUAUGAACCUCAGCUUCAGCUCUCUCCCUCGGGUCGUCCAAAUGAAGCGGAUCAUGCCCGCUCUCUUGGCAGCCACACAGGUUUAUGUGAAGACGCUCAUAACUGAGUAUGGAGCCAGGAAGGUGGUCGUGCCCGGAAUCCUGAAAGCUGGAUGCAGGGUGAGUACUGGAGGCUUCUUCCAUGACACCCAAGUUCAGUGCGACGAAACCCUAACUUCGGUCGCUGCACUUCACAACCGGCUGCUUAAACGGGAGCUCGAGAGGCUACGGAUUAAGUUCCCCGACGUGGAAAUUGUUUACGGGGACAUGUGGAUGGCAACGCAUUGGCUUUUCGACCAUUUCGGUUCAGCAGGGAUCCACCAUCCCAACGAGAGAUGCUGCGGGAAUUCUUCGAUUGGGUGUGGGAUGCCUGGGGCACCAUACUGCGGAAACCCUAGCGAUUACAUAGAUUGGGAUGGCACCCAUUUCACGGACCAUGCUUACCGGCUAAUGUCCGACUUUCUGAUUCCCCAAUUGGCUUCCGGACUUGGAUGUCGCGCUGCUGCCAACAAUGUUCGUUCCCAAGGGUGAUUAAGAAGAAUUUUCUCUUUUAUGCCAAAAGAUUACGCAACGAUUACUGCUCUCUAAUAGAGAUAGAAUAGAAUCUAAAGAGUAUUCGAUUGAGAAGCAUAAACAUACGUUGGUGGAAUUAAGUGGAUCCUGUCAUGUUAACAUUAUAGAGAGUUGUAUGAAAGGAUGAAAUAUGUCCUCUACAUUUAAAAAAAAAAACUAUAGAGAACACAUCCCCUAAUCAAAGAACGCAGAAAAAUCGAAGAAAAGAGCAAAGAAUUGAAGUACACUUGGAAUUCAACUCUAAAGCACUGGAUAUGUAUUUAUUAUUGCACGGGUGUAAUUUGUAACUUGGUCGUGAAUGUAAGAAUCAACUAACAAAACAACCAACAACAUUGAACCAAUUAAUCACCUCGAUCCAAGAGCUGAAACACUUACAAAGACUCGGAGGGUGCUGUAACAAGAACACUAAAAGUUGUCGAUUGACUUGUUUCCCUCGUUUUAAAGCAUUUGAAUAUGAGUACUUCCCUUAUACCUGCAAAAGAUGCUAAAUAUCGAAUUAUAAAGACAAUUGAAAGGAGAAUGUGAUUUAAUGAUGACGGCUAACAGUCUGCAAGUGAAGGCAAAUGAUAAAGCGUUUCAAAAUCGUGUUUACCUAAUAUUUAUGACAAAAAGGAAAUAGAAUCUUACUGGUGUUUCUUUUUCCGAAGCUUGCGAGAUGUCCGCAGUCACGGCACCAAAAUUUUAUAGUUGAUUGUAGUGCUCACCAAAUUUACCUGGUCCUUAGGUCAAUAUCUUAUUUUUCUAGCGUCUCUCACAUAACCCUAACUUGGGAAGCGAGGUACGAUUCUAUUGAAAAAGUGAGCUAUUUAGUAGGAGCUAUUUAGUAGGUUGAGGUGCCUCCGGUUUUGCAUAACGUAAGAGUUUGGAAAGUAACACUGUGCAGAAAAGUAAAUCUAAGGCUAGUUGAUGAAUGAGAGAUUAGCAAAGGAAGGCGUUGCAUAUGCAUGCUCCCCCUAGGUCUCUUAACCAUGCGUCCCUUGAUGAUCGGUGGCCUACGAGCUUUUGAUCUCUUAUUUCGUUAGAUCCCACCUUGUGUCGAAGCAGCAACCCGAACUAAUGGUCCACAAGGACCCUUUGGAUUUCUUGAGGAGUCACGUUGUUCGAUCGAGUAGAACUUCUAUUUCUAGUAGCAUCCUAAACUACUUGGAUUUCGAUCCUUGCACCUCAAAGGAGUGCAAGGUCGACUUAAGAUCUCAUUCGAAACAACACAUAACAAAAUAGAGGAAAUCAAACAUCACACAUGAGAUAAACACAAUCGUAUUAAAUCGAAUAUCGAGUUUACCUGGUUACAACCCCUAGGAUUCACAUACCUACGUAAAUAAGGAACAUAGUUGUCAUGGGAGGGGUUCCUGAGUGUUCAUCAAUUGAAACGAAGACACCAGAACACCCAUAGGAAAUGACGUCGGUAACAGAGAAAACAGGACCUGUAGGGGCGUCGUUUCUCCCUCAUAGGUUGGUUUCUUUCUAAGUCAUGAGGGUUGCUCUGUCAGCAGAGUAACGAACUUUCCUUGACCUCUCGUCUCCUCCCAUUUCCUAUCUCCAGGGACCUAUUUAUAGGCCUUUGAUUAGGCUUUCUAAGGAGAUAAACCCGUAGCUCUAGCAUCAUUCAGCCAAUCAGGAUGCUCGAAGUACGUGGCCAUCGAAUCAGGAGGUUGCAAGAUGACUUUCUGACGAAGUGGUUGGCUUUAGUAAAACGACGUCAUUUCCGUCGUUUCUCUUCAUAAAAAUGGUGCACCGGGCACCAUUUCUUCAAGGCGUCCUAUCUUCGAAUCCCAGCUCCAAGAAAUGGAUCUCGGUGUCCCCUGCGGCUUCCAAGUGACCCGCUAGUAUGCUUUGACUUUAAAAUGCACAAAAAGCAACUAAAAGUGUAUCAAUCAUAUAAAAGCAAUCCUAGGGUUGCUAGAACACGCUUGAAGCAAUCAUAGGAUAAAUUCAAUGUACUAUG